AGUAUAUCUAAUAUCCGGCAAACAUGCGUCCUGUAUGAAGUCCAUGUUCUUGACUUAUGAUUAUAUGCUAACCUUGCUUACAAUAACAUUACUAUAUAUCUCACUCUACCAAUAUCUUAUACGAAGACGGCAGUUCCUUAUAUCAGGAUGUGAUGUGGUUGGGCCUUCUCAGUCUUCCUUUGUAAAUCUCAACUCAUCCAUGGCUGGGGAGAUGUUGGCCAACGGACGGUGGCAUAUAUAGCUGAGAAAAACCUAGACGCUCAGAGUACUCAGCUAAUAGAAGAUCUCCUUGGUGGAGGAACCGAUGAUAUUUCGGAUGCAGCAGUCUGGCCUGAUGCGCCUUGGACAACCCUUGCUUGUGUAUUUAUUACAACGAUCA